AUGAGAACCAAAGCAAACAAGCUAAGCAAGUUCAUGCAAAUUACAAAAUCACCCAUUAAAUUUUUCUGCAAGGCAAGAGAUUUUUAUGUGAAGAACAUAUUCGAUAUUGCGGAUAGCGGAAAGCUCGGCCAUGGAAGUUUAGGCGGCGGAACCACCAAAUUACCGAAGAGUUUUAGCGUUAAUUCUUCAAGAAAAGUUGAUGAUGAAGAGUUCAGGCAGCUUUUAAGGUUGUUGUCUAAGAAAGACAGUGAAAUAGAGUUGUCUAAUGCUAUGAUGAGGAGAAGUUACAGUGUUGGAAUUGGAAAAAUUGGUCGAAUUGAUGAGGAGAGAGCUUGUUCUUUUAAAGAAGAAGAUGAAGAAGAUGGUAUUAAUGGAAGUUUAUUUAGUAGAAGUAGAAGUUAUGCAAAUACAAGUAAAUUUGUGUAUUAA